ACAUGGGCCAAAAUACCCGCAACCAGUAUAUCUAAACAAGGCCCGACACCGAGACCACGUUAAAAACCCUCCUAUAAAAUCCCUAUUUCCAUCACUCUUAAUAUUUCUAGGGUUUCUCUCAUCCGAUUUCUGCAGUCGUCGGCGGAUCUUUAAGAUACAACAAUGCCGUCGCACAAAACUUUCAGGAUUAAGAAGAAACUUGCUAAGAAGAUGAGGCAGAAUCGCCCUAUCCCUUACUGGAUUCGCAUGCGUACCGACAACACUAUCAGGUACAAUGCUAAGCGUAGGCAUUGGCGUCGUACCAAGCUUGGAUUUUAAGGUGUUUUUCGAACUUCUGCAGUGUUUUUCUAUUACAUAUGCAGAUGUAGUUUUGAAGAGGAUUCAAGGUUUGAUUUAAUAGAACAAUUAUGGUACUUGUAGUUGAGUUAUUUUGCUGGAAGUUGGAACUUCAUGUAAUCAAAUGCUCUUAAGAACAAAUUUUUGGUGUUAUUUAACCAUUGCAAUGUUUCCUCUCA